AAAAGAUCUCCGAAGAAGAUCUUAAAAACCUCUAUACAAAAAACUUCGUUGGACACCGUGCGCCGUGCGUGUAUUUUCGGUAUUGAAAUCAAAACCGCAGAGUUUUAAGACAAGUAGAUAUUAUUUAUAUCCAUAUUUUUACACGACACGGCACGACAUUCAAAGAUGCAUGCAUUGAUGAGAGACGUAUUAUGAUAAUUUUUCAAAAAAAUAAAAUAAAUAAAUUAAAAUAAUUUUUGAACGUGAUUAUUCGAAUUGAGUUCGCUUCAUCAGACGGCUGUGCUGUGCGUGGUGGCAGCAGUGGCUAGCGCGGCGCCAUAUGUGCCUCAAAAUAAAAACAAGUCUUAUUAAAAACAUCGCACAACGCCACCGUUGUUUGUUGUAGAACAAUGUCUGGACGUAGGGGACAUUCACUUCCGCCACAAAUUAUGGAAAAACCAUCUCGUGGAAGAUGUGUUACAGCCAUUUGCUUCUCCUGGAAAGUUCUUACGUGCAUUGUAUCGCACGUGACACUUAUUUCUCUGGUGGUUGGAUAUUGUGUAGGAGGAGCUUAUUUGUUCUCGUUUCUGGAACAGCCCCAUGAAGCCAGUGUUAAAAAAGGCAUCAAAGACAUGCGUUUGAAUAUCACCGAUUCAAUAUGGAAAAUGACAGAAGCUGAGAAUUUUCUACAAGAAGAUGUCUGGACAAAUAAAGUCAAAGACCAACUUGCAACUUUGGAGAAACAAAUUCUAACAGCAAUGAAAACACACGGUUGGGAUGGAAAUGAAGACAUCGAACAAUCACAAUGGACAUUUGCCGGAGCAUUAUUUUAUUCGAUUAUCGUUAUAACAACAAUUGGAUAUGGACACAUUUCUCCACGAACUGAAUGGGGUAAAGUCUGUACGAUAUUUUACGCAAUUGUUGGAAUACCAUUGAUGUUGUUGUGUUUGUCUAAUAUUGGUGAUGUAAUGGCAACAUCAUUUCGAUUUACCUAUUGGCGUGUCUGUUGUUAUGUCUGCAGCCGGGAGCCUCGACGCAAUCGAAGAUCAAGGGCCCGAUCACGAGCUUCAAGUUAUCGUUACUCGUCACGUUCACAGCCGGCUCCAUUUCGUAGAUCUAUGAAAAUAUCUCCCCGUUCAGCUGAUUCGGGUUUUGGGACAUACGAACCAGGUCUGUCGCAUGCCUAUUCUGAUCCAGAACUAAGAACAGCUGGAAAAAUGGAUAACAUGCGCGAUUUCUAUCGGGGUGGGUCGCAUCAACCACCACACAGUAUGCAUCAUCACCAUCAUCAGCAUCAACAUCACCAUCCUGGACGGGGACCACCGUCUCGGGAUAAUCGUGCGAGUCGGCAGACAAUGUACGAAGAAGAAGAAUACGAUGACCGCGGAUCGAUGAACAGAAACUCACGGUUUAGCAAUCGACAGAGAAAUCGUGAUCGUAUGCGGGAUCGACAUACAGUGGAGCGGGAACGUAAUUUAGGACGGUCACGGCAGCAAUUUGAUUCGACUGAAGACUUUGAGCUGCCCCCACACAAAAGGGCCCAGAGCGUUCGAUCGGUGCGAGGUGGAAAUAACACUCCACGUGAAAUGAACAGGAAUUACUCACAAACUCUUCCAGCGAAUACUCGUGGGCGAUCGAUGCCAAGCGCUCCUAAGAUUCGAGCUAAAUCCGUUGAUCAUCGUUCAUCGGCUCAUUAUGAAGAUGUCGAUGAAGAGGUUGUGCGAAAAACUCCGAUUCUUUGCAACCGCUACGCGAUUGAUGAACUUGAUCGCAGACUAUCGAACGACCACAGACACCACAAGAACUCUCCUCGCUCACAAUCAAUGCCCAGGCACCCUAAGAGCAAUAUUGAUCAACCAAUUCAUAUUCCCGGAACACCCCACAGUCAAAGACGUGGAAGUUUAAACGCACCAAUGCCAUCAAGAUAUGGCAAUCGGCUAGAACUCCCAGAACCUACCCCAAUGCCAAGGAACCAUAAUAAACACCAUCAGCAGCGUCGUCCAUCACGCUACGAAGAUUUUGAAGAAGACUUCGAGGACUUCGAUGGUUCCUAUGAUGAUCUGCCAACGCAUGUGCCACGUGAACGAGAUCGAAGACCACGUCGGGAAAGACAAGAACCUCUGCCGCCUUCACCUAGAAUUAUGUCACCGAUGGGUUUUGCAAUUCGUCGGCAGACUAGAGCCCGUCCAAUAUAUGACGAUGAAGAUUCGUAUUUUGAAGAGGAAUGGGAUAAUUAUGGUGACAUUUCACCCAAAGACCGGCCCGUUCCAAUAUGGCUGUGUGUAUUCCUUGUCAUCAGUUAUAUCAUAGCUGGAGCAUUUCUCUUUCAUCAAUGGGAGGGUUGGACUUUUCUCGAUUCAGCUUACUUUUGUUUCAUAACCUUAACAACUAUUGGUUUCGGAGAUUAUGUACCCGCUAGAGGAGUUAAAGAAAACUCACGUGAAUCAAUUGCUCUAUGCUCACUGUAUUUACUUUUUGGAAUCGCUCUGCUUGCCAUGAGUUUUAAUUUGGUUCAAGAAGAAUUUAUAGCGAAUGUUAAAGAAGUUGCUAGAAGACUUGGCAUUCUUAAAGAAGAAGAAGAUGAUGAAGAUUAAUGUCUAAAUUAUUUUUAAUAAAUCUUCUUCAUUCCGAGAUAAUAAAAUAAAUUUGGAAUCAAACAGAUCUUCUUCUGAUGA